GGUGCGGUGAGGGUUACAAUGCAUACAUGCGAGUGUCGAUCAUGCAACAUAGGCUAUAGACGAUUCCAAUUCUAAAACGGAAUCUACGAUUUUUUUUAAACGUGGAUUUAACUGCAGUGAUGUUUUGUAUUUGUCAACAGGACCAAGAUAACUAAUAGUCUGUAGGUUAUAUUUACAUAACCACUUUUUUCCUUGACUGAAAGGAGCCACAAAACAACUAUUACCUUAACAGCGCGUGCAAGCGGUGCUUUAUUUGAGAGUACCGGUAUGUGGUUAUAUAUUUGUUUUGCACAUGUUGAUAUAGUAUAGUGCAGUUUUAACCUUUGAUAAUUUUAUGAAUAAUUUUAUCAUUCAGAAAACAAGUUAUACAACAAGCAACUAUGGCGAUUGUUUCCCAGCGAGCAAGGUCCUAAAGCUAGUCGAGUAUCGCUUUGCAGUGCAGGAGAACGUGAGCUGUCUCUUGGCCAAAUGGUUCAGCAGUCGCCAGUUUCCACAUUUUUUGAAAUAAUGGAAAAUGUUGUAUUAGAGCAAGGUUGAUAAGUGCAUUUUCUGGUGAUCUUUGGAUUAGACUACAUUAAUUUGAGUUAGAUUUGCGUCCUUGAGUUUUGUUUUGUUUACAUUAAUUCGACGCCCAAAAGAACAUCGCCACAAGUAUCGGGAAAAGACUUGACUAAAAAGACACUUGCAACUUAAAAGGACUCGUCCAGUUGAGUGAUGGUCGUUAAUACCAUCCACUGGUUCAGGAAGGGCUUGAGGCUUCACGACAAUCCCUCGCUUAAGAAGUCUAUCCAGGGAGCGGACACAGUCCGCUGCGUGUACAUCCUAGACCCUUGGUUUGCAGGAUCGUCCAACGUUGGAAUCAGCAGGUGGAGGUUUCUACUGCAAUGUUUGGAAGAUCUGGAUGCCAGCCUCCGAAAGCUCAACUCUCGUCUGUUUGUCAUUCGAGGACAGCCCACUGAUGUCUUCCCACGACUCUUCAAGGAGUGGAAGAUUUGUCGUCUGUCGUAUGAGUACGACUCCGAGCCUUUUGGGAAGGAGAGAGAUGCGGCCAUCAAAAAGCUGGCCAGCGAGGCUGAGGUGGAGGUCACAGUCUGCAUCUCCCACACACUCUACGACCUGGACAAGAUCAUAGAGUUGAAUGGAGGCCAGUCCCCCCUCACGUACAAGCGUUUCCAGACUCUGAUCAGCAGGAUGGAUGCUGUGGAGAUGCCAGCAGAGGCCAUCACUGCUGAGGUGAUGGGGAAGUGCACGACGCCGCUCUCUGACGACCACGACGACAAGUUUGGAGUCCCGUCCUUGGAGGAGCUAGGCUUCGACACGGAGGGUCUGUCCUCUGCUGUGUGGCCUGGAGGAGAGACUGAGGCCCUUACCAGACUGGAGAGGCACCUGGAGAGGAAGGCAUGGGUGGCCAACUUUGAGCGGCCAAGAAUGAACGCCAACUCCUUACUGGCGAGUCCGACAGGCCUCAGCCCCUACCUGCGCUUUGGCUGCCUCUCCUGUCGGCUCUUCUACUUCAAACUCACAGAUCUCUACAGGAAGGUGAAGAAGAACAGCACCCCGCCCCUCUCCCUGUACGGUCAGCUGCUGUGGCGGGAGUUCUUCUACACGGCCGCCACCAACAACCCCCGCUUCGACAAGAUGGAGGGCAACCCCAUAUGCGUCCAGAUCCCCUGGGACCGCAACCCCGAGGCUCUGGCCAAGUGGGCGGAGGGCCGGACGGGCUUCCCCUGGAUCGACGCCAUCAUGACCCAGCUGAGGCAGGAGGGCUGGAUCCACCACCUGGCCCGGCACGCUGUGGCCUGCUUCCUGACCCGUGGAGACCUGUGGAUCAGCUGGGAGGAGGGCAUGAAGGUGUUUGAGGAGCUUCUGUUGGAUGCAGACUGGAGCGUGAACUCUGGCAGCUGGAUGUGGCUCUCCUGCAGCUCCUUCUUCCAGCAGUUCUUCCACUGCUACUGCCCCGUGGGCUUCGGCCGGCGCACUGACCCCAACGGAGACUACAUCAGACGCUACCUGCCCAUACUCAGAGGAUUCCCAGCCAAGUACAUCUACGACCCGUGGAACGCACCGGAGAGUGUGCAGAAAGCGGCCAAGUGUGUGAUCGGGGUGCACUACCCCAAGCCCAUGGUGAACCACGCCGAGGCCAGCCGCCUCAACAUAGAGAGGAUGAAACAGAUCUACCAGCAGCUGUCCUGCUACAGAGGCCUGGGCCUGCUGGCUACGGUCCCGUCUAACGGUAACGGCGAGGCGUCCUCGGGCAUGAUGGGGUUCUCCUCUCGAGACGACACACAUGAGGCCACCGUUCAAUCUGGAUACCAGAUGCAAGUUCAGUCCCAUGGAGACUGGCACAGCGGGGCCACGGUGUUCUCCCAGGGCGAAGCUCACAGCAGCGUCCACACACAGCAUCAAGGUUUUGCUGGAAGCAGCAGUAGCAUGGUGUUCUAUGGCCAGGGCACCCAGCACAUGGCAGGCCCAGCAGUGCUGCAAGGGCACGGGUUGCACAGCACUCUGACCAGUGGUAAACGCCACAGCGAGGACUCUGGCUGCGGCACCGGCUCCAAGGUCCAGAGACAGAGCGCCCAGUAGAGAGGGGUGUGUUCCGACUUUCAACCCCUAGUGACUGGUAACAGCUGGAGGACACAAAAUGGACUAUGAGACAGACAACAGACUUUCUGUAUACCUGUUUAAACCCGUAACAGAAUGGAACUCACGCCUCCAGAAAGAGCACAGUAUCCCAUCUUCAAGCAAACACACGUUUGUCAAUGCUUGGGACUGUAUGUUAUCACACAGACUUACAAACUCUACAAUAUUUCAGCGGUGUUCCGGCACUGUGACUGAAUAAACCUACUGUACAUUAUCAACAGCGUUGGGAUGUUACUGUUUUUCUGGGACAAAAUCUUUGUGUACAUAAUGAAUUUGAUGAUUUCUGCUCACAUGCAACCUGUAUAUUUGAUAUUGUGUUUCUUUCUUAUGUAGUCAUAGACCCAUUGAUAUAUUUUUGAUAUAAAGAAUCAUUGUGGACUGAUUUCUGUUGUGUAAGCGUGUAAGCAUUUAUAGACUGUCUAGAUGGUGACAUUUUUAGAAAGCUCUCUUCAGCCUAUUCUUUCCCUGUUGGUGUUGUUCCUUCAACCUCGCUCUCCCUCUCUUGCUUUUCAUAAUAUCUGCUGCUCACACAUCAUCUGUCACUUCUCUCUUGUUUCUAAAUCCUGUCUCAUAUUUAUUCUGGAGUCAAAUCCUGUGCCCAUAUUUCUGGUCAUGAAGGGCCGGUGAAAGGUAAACCCUUGGUCUGUUUUCUCUUCUGUGUAAUCACCAUUGUACCAGAGAAUCUUGCUUCACGUAAAAAAUUGUUGUUCUUUCACAAUGUGCUUGUUUAAUAAAAAAAUAUGUGAAUAUA